AUGGAUGUACUCAACAAUGAAACGAACAAAAGAGAGAACUCGACAUCACAUGUACAGCUUUCUGCAAUUCGCGUUAUUGGAAUAUCUCUUCUGCUUUUCAUUUCACUCGUUGGAAUAUUAGCAAACGGCGUGAUAUUUCAUAAACUAUUAAGCCGUAACAACCUGAGAGUCUGUGAAUAUCUUAUCCUCAACUUGGCCAUAACAGACAUGGCAACUUGUGCUGUAAGCAUUCCAUUUGACUUGGCCGAGCGUUUCGUUGGAGGCUUUCCAUUUGGUGAGAUUCUUUGUUUCCUGGUUUAUCCAUUACAAACCGUUCUCAUGGCUGUUUCUGUUAUCACGUUGCUUUCCAUGAGCCUGGAACGUCGGCGAAUCGUCAUGAAAACGAUGCGUCCAAGGAUUCUACCAAGAACAAUAAAAAUUGCAAUUUGCGUUUCAUGGAUAGCUCCGACAUUGAUUACCAUACCAUACGCUUUUGUACUGAAACUUGACGGAGCACAGUGCAUGGAGAAGUGGUCUGAGAAAUGGCAUGUCAAAGUCUUCACACUGACAAAUUUUACCAUAUUUUUUGUGAUUCCAAUUACUGUUAUCGCAACGUCGUAUUUUCUGGCAGAGAGAAAACUCCAGAUGGAGCUACAAAAACUCGACGAUAUGAUUGAGGGUAAUGAGCGAUCGCGAUCGAAUUACAUAAAAAAGCGAACUAUUCAGAAACUGCAAGUCACAAAGAUCUUUAUCACAGCUGUAGUGGCUUUUUUCAUCUGCAUGCUACCCACACACCUGGUAUGGAUUUGGCACGAUUUCGCUCAAGGGAAAAAUUACAAAUAUUUUACAGAUAUCUUGAUCUUUGCCAACAUUUUGAUGUACUCAAACAGCGCAUUAAAUCCCUUCAUAUUCAAGAGUGUCCGAGGCAGAUUAAUCACUCGAUGGGUUGCCUGUUGCUGUAAGGCCGUCACUGAGAACGGAUCUUCCACUUGGUUGUCUCGAUUGUGUGUUGACCUACCACAGGACACCAACCUUGACAUGGAAAGAGAAGGAGCAAUUAGAACACGACAGUCUUAUGUGACAGACUCACAUGUAGUGUAUAGCUGCGACGUUGGUAAUCUUCUUUAUGAAACAAACGUUUGA